AUGUCGGAAAAGUCAGGAAAGAAGCAGUGGAGGCCAUCCUACGUUGCGUUCCUUCCUUGCCUUCUUGCCUUCCAACUCAUCUUCUUAUCUGUGCCUGAAGUGAAUGACCGGCCAAUGCCAUUAAACGAACAUUCCUGGGAUGCCACGAUUUGUGGGAUUUCGACAAGCUUUUCCUACCGUCUGACCAAGAUCAGCCUCCAAAAGACCGUUCCUGUCGUAAACCGGUUUUUAGCAUUCCGCGGUGGUCGGUGGCAAAGGCUUGGCAUCGAUCAUUGCUUGUUGCUCAGCAAGGACCCCAAGGACAGACGACGAGCAACAACCAGUCACGGAUCACAACACCAAGAAACCCAUCUAGGUGUUUGGCAAUACCUCCAGGGAUCCCCUGCUGGCGCCAGCCAUCCGCCGUCUCUUUUCGUCUGCUGGCUGACGAUCUUUGCUCUGUUCCUGCUUCGCUCGCUGCGGUCCCUCAACAUCCUCUCCCCGGUCACCGUGACCCUUCGUGCAGUUUCCGAGAGAAAACCACACAAACCUCGCGACAUCCCCGGAUGCCUCCAGCAAAUCCAGAAUUGUCCAGACCAGCCUAACCAGGCCAACUCACCGUUUCUCCGCCCGCAACGGCACCAAACCCGUCCAUGCCUCCUCCGCUGGGCACAGCCACCGGUAACCACCUGGUCUGCUGGCGUGACUCGCGACGGGGAUGCCACUGGAGCGGCGCCGUUCACCUGGCGCCAGGACGUCUUGCCAAUGACGUCGCAGCGCAUUCUUGUCGCGACUUUUGGAAAGAUGGGCACCAUUCAACCGUUGCUCCGUGGUGUCCCCUUGUUCAGUGACUCAAAUCUCGACUUGUAUAUCACUCUCGAGUUCGCCCCCAUUCAUGAAGCCACCAACUGUUGGCCUGACUUGAGUAGGGCUAUAGCUCUUGUGAUACUGCAACUCAGUUUCACUCAGCAAGUUUCAAGCAAGAGUCUCAUCCGAUCACAUAUCCAGCGCUCAGCGCUCAGCUCUCACCUCACACCCAGCCCUGGCUUCGACAAGACGGAUCGAGUCUAUCGUAACAGGGCGUAA